GGCAAAAGUAUAAAAAUGCGUAUUACUACAGAGUGGAGAGAAGAAAAAGAGCCUUUGCUUGAUCCCGAGAUGAACCCAGGGCCAAAGCGUGUAGCUCUCUUUGUUGAGCCAUCUCCCUUUGCUUUAAGUAGGGAUUUUUACUUUAUGUCUCUGGAUAUAAAAACCGGUUUCAUCAAGUAUUUACGUGAAAUGGGGGAUGAGGUCCUAGUUGUAACGACUCAUGAAGGAAUACCCCACGAGUUUUAUGGAGCUCACUUGAUUGGAUCAAGAAGCUUCCCUUGUCCAUAUUAUGAAAAGGUACCUCUUUCACUUGCCCUCAGCCCAAGAAUAAUCUCGGCCGUGGCCCAAUUCAAGCCCGAUAUUAUACAUGCAUCAUCUCCCUUUGACCCCUGA